CCCGCCCGUUGAGCAAAGCGGCUUCUCAACUGAUCUCCAGUGCGUUCCCACUUGUUCCCAGUUAUACCCGCCUUUUUGCAUCGGCCCAGCGGCAGCGCUAGCACCAAAAUAGUACCUCCGACCAUCGCCGCCGUCAAAUUGGUGGCGGGGUAUUCGACCUGGUCGCAUGAAGCUUCAACAAGUCACCGAGACGACAUUCAGUGCUAUAGAGCUACCGAAUCCAGCUUUGUGAGGGUCGCAGGAUACGUGCAUCGCAUGUGAUCAGUUAAUUGGCAAUCGCGCGACGCUGAGCUACUCGGCGACAUCCCCGGUCGCAUCCUCCUCAUAUACCCCUCCAUUUGCGGCGGCACCCUCGGCUUCUGAUCUGCGCCCGCCGAGUCUUUACGACCGAGGCGCCUCAAGUUUGUCGCAAGCUCGCCGAGCUCCCACGUUCACUCUAUUAUCCUCUUUGCAAGCACCACGCCCAACAUGACCCCUUCAAUCGGCGAUAUGGAGCCUGCGGAGGCCGAGUCCGCGUACUUCAAUGAAUAUCCCCCGCCCAAGGCUCUCCCAAAACACGAUGCACUGGCUCGCGCCUUCAUCGAGCGCCAUGUGGAAGCCAACCGGCGCGUGGUACUGGUGACAUCUGGUGGAACAACGGUACCCCUGGAGGCGCAGACUGUGCGAUUCAUCGACAAUUUCUCUGCCGGCACCCGUGGUGCUACCUCCGCCGAGUACUUCCUCGAGCAAGGGUAUGCAGUCAUCUUCCUGCACCGCCAGUACAGUCUCCUGCCUUACUCGCGGCAUUACAGCCACUCCACGAAUUGUUUCUUGGAUUUCAUGGACGAAGCUCCUCCUACCUCCGAGUCUGAGAAUCCCGAUCAUGGCCGUAUCGUGGUGCGCAGCGAGUACCAGGAUGAGAUGCGCGAUGUGCUGCGCAAGUAUCGCUUUGCGAAGCAGAAUAAUUUGCUCCUUUUGUUGCCUUUCACUACCGUUGCGGAAUAUAUGUUUGAGCUGCGGUCAUUAGCGAAGAUCAUGCGGCCGUUGGGACCGAAUGCGCUCUUCUAUCUCGCUGCCGCUGUUAGCGAUUUCUUCAUUCCUCGAAGUCGUAUGGCAGAGCAUAAGAUCCAGUCUUCUGAAAUCCCAGCCAACUUUUCGGACGAAAGUGCCGUUGGGUCGGACGAUAUCUACACCGGUGAGAAUGAACCAGAGCCGCCGAAGAACAGCAAGAAGCUGGUCAUCAAUCUCGAUCCAGUCCCCAAGUUCCUGCACCGCCUUGUCGAUGGCUGGGCUCCCGAGGGGAGCAUGGUCGUUUCCUUCAAGCUGGAGACGGAUCCAUCGCUGCUCGUGUACAAGGCCAAGACAGCACUCCAGCGGUACUCACACCACCUCGUCAUCGGUAAUCUGCUGUCCACGAGAAAGUGGGAGGUCGUCUUCAUCACGCCAGACCCGCCUUACGAGCGAUGGAUUCGCGUGCCGAAAGCUCGGCGCAGCAAGAGUAUUUCUGGCAUCGAGGAUCAGGUUGGUCUUGCUGAGAUCAAGAAGGGCGGCUCUGCGUCGGGCGCAGAGGCAGUACAGCCACCUUCAGAAAACUUUGGGCAUGGGCUUGAGAUUGAGAGUAUCAUCAUUCCGGAGUUGGUCAAGUUGCAUGAAAAUAUGAUUCAGAAGCAGACCCAGGCUUCAUAGGAUGUGUCGCUGGACGGUCUGCCGGCGGGAAACAUUUUUCGGCUAUGGAAUUUAUAAUAAAAAGGAGAAUUUCCAUAUUUUAUUCAUGAUCUGGAGAGAGUGUUUCGGACAAACGAUGGCGUAGAUUGGGCAACCUAGUCCCCGUGCCCAAGGCUAGAUACCCCAUCAGUCGACAUUGGGCAGCCAGCGCAUUGGGAUACGCACCCAAGAUUGAUUUUCUUCCAAUCAGAUGAUGACAUGAGAAGCAAGACAUGAACCUAUCGUGAGGCCCCAGUAGUAGCGGGCGCUAAGCCGCAGCCAAGUU